AACCAGCCAGUUCCCUCCAGCAGCAGCAGAGCUUCAUUUUCUGAUCUGCUUUUGUGCUAAAAUGGAGGUUGGCCUCUCGCCCUGAGUGGAUCGCCUUCCUGGUUGGGCUUUUGAUGUUGACAUGCAAUAAAUCUUCAGACAGGAUGGUUGUGGAUGCUCCCAAUUCCAACGGGCCUUUCCAGCCGGUGGCUCUUAUGCACUUCAGAGAUGUGGCCCCUGCAGAGCAGGAGAAGCUCUUCAUUCAGAAGCUGCGGCAGUGCUGCGUCCUCUUUGACUUCCUCUCGGACCCAUUGAGUGACCUGAAAUGGAAGGAGGUGAAGCGGGCGGCUCUGAGCGAGAUGGUCGAGUACAUCACCCACAACAGGAACGUCAUAACGGAGCCCAUCUACCCGGAGGUGGUGCACAUGUUUGCUGUGAACAUGUUCAGGACGUUGCCUCCAUCUUCCAACCCAACCGGAGCGGAAUUUGAUCCCGAGGAGGACGAGCCCACGCUCGAAGCUGCAUGGCCCCAUCUGCAGCUCGUCUAUGAAUUUUUUCUUAGGUUUUUAGAAUCUCCAGACUUCCAACCUAACAUAGCGAAGAAAUACAUCGACCAGAAAUUUGUUAUGCAGCUCUUAGAACUAUUUGACAGCGAGGAUCCCAGAGAGAGAGACUUCCUGAAAACCACCCUCCACCGGAUCUAUGGAAAAUUUCUGGGCUUGCGGGCGUACAUCAGAAAACAGAUCAAUAACAUUUUCUAUAGGUUUAUCUAUGAAACUGAGCACCAUAAUGGUAUAGCUGAACUACUGGAAAUACUUGGAAGUAUAAUUAACGGAUUUGCCUUACCCCUGAAAGAAGAGCACAAGAUUUUCCUGUUGAAGGUUUUAUUGCCUCUGCACAAAGUCAAAUCACUCAGUGUCUACCAUCCACAGCUGGCCUACUGUGUGGUGCAGUUUUUGGAAAAGGACAGCACACUAACUGAGCCGGUAGUAAUGGCUCUACUAAAGUACUGGCCAAAGACUCACAGCCCAAAGGAGGUGAUGUUUCUCAAUGAGCUAGAGGAGAUCCUGGAUGUCAUCGAACCCUCAGAGUUUGUUAAGGUUCAGGAGCCUCUUUUUCGACAGCUGGCAAAGUGCGUCUCCAGCCCACACUUCCAGGUGGCAGAACGGGCCUUGUACUACUGGAACAACGAGUACAUCAUGAGUCUGAUCAGUGACAACGCAGCAAAGAUCCUGCCCAUUAUGUUUCCUGCUCUAUACCGCAACUCAAAGACGCACUGGAACAAGACCAUCCAUGGCCUCAUCUACAACGCUCUGAAGCUUUUUAUGGAGAUGAAUCAGAAGCUGUUUGAUGAUUGCACACAGCAGUUCAGGGCAGAGAAAAACAAAGAAAAGGCAAAGUCAAAAGAACGAGAAGAGGCAUGGAUCAAGAUUGAGAACCUUGCCAAGUCAAAUCCACAGUUCUGUUUGUAUCUCGAUUCCUAUGACCUCAGUAGUCCUGUAGCAAUGGAGACGGAUGUCCCUUUGAUAGAAGAUGUGCAGAGGUUAAAAAAGACAGUUGAGGAGGGCGCAACUCAGUUGCAGGGUGAACAGCGCAAAGAGCGGCCCAUGGUGAGACGCAAAUCUGAGUUGCCUCAGGAUAUCUACACCACAAAAGCCUUGGAGUCUCACCGCAGAGCUGAAGAAAUGUUGACCACCCACGAUGGGCUCUAGAUCCCUUGUACCCCAUAGAGCCAUGGACAUCAUGCUAGCCCUGGUGCCAGAAUAACAUUGGCAAACCAUCCUUCUUUUCACCCUGAACCCCUAUUUUGGCUUCAUUCCUGCUGCCUGUGUGCAGAACCUCUUCAACCACCUCUCUGUUUUCCACUUUCUCAGGUUAUUUUCUUUAUAAGAGGAUGAGUGGGGGUAUGUUUGUGUCUUUUACCCUGUGACAUGCUUUGUCUUUGUCUAUCAGCGUUUUCCUCAUCCUUUCAUCACCACUUCUUCUCCUUGCAUCAUCUCUGGUGCAUUCACUGUAAAGGUGAAGCCUGGGAGUCCAGACAGCACAACGCAGGUUUAUUUCAUCUGUUUCUA